GACGUCAGCACGCUAAGCCCCCAAGCCCAGACCGAGGCUGUAAACAAUAAAACCCAACCCCGUCCAUCAUCCAUGCGCUAAAGAUGCAUUUAUCCGCGAUGACGGCGGUGUUGUCGGUGCUGCUGUGCCUCCUGUGCUCCCUCAGGUCCGCUCAAGGUUACUCUGGGAACCCUCUGAACAAGUACAUCCGUCACUACGAGGGUCUGUCGUACGACACAGAUCUGCUGCACAGUCAGCACACGAGAGCCAAGAGAGCGCUGUCUCUACAGGAGCGAGAGCUACAGCUGGACUUCCACGCUCACGGCAGACAUUUCAGCCUGCGAAUGAAGCGAGACACCAGGCUGUUUUCAGACGACUUUAAGCUGGAGAUGUCUGGACAGGAGCUGGACUACGACACAUCGCACAUCUACACCGGAGAAAUAUACGGUGAACAUGGCUCUCUGACGCACGGCUCGGUCGUGGAUGGGAAGUUCGAGGGCUUCAUUCAGACCCAUCGAGGGACGUAUUACAUGGAGCCGGUCGAGAGAUACCUGCAGGACAAGAACGUCCCGUUCCACUCCAUCAUCUACCACGAGGACGACAUCCAUUAUCCUCACAGAUAUGGACCAGCAGGCGGCUGCGCAGACUCGUCUGUGUUCGAGCGCAUGAAGAGAUAUCAGGCGUCUGCGCUGGAGGAACCGCUCAAGGAGACCAUCACAGAUGACCACGUCUUACUGAGGAAGAGGAGGAUGACACAGGUGGAGAAGAACACCUGCCAGCUCUUCAUCCAAACCGAUCACCUCUUCUUCAAGUACUACAAGACCAGAGAGGCCGUGAUCGCUCAGAUCUCCAGUCACGUCAAGGCCAUCGAUGCCAUCUACCAGGGCACAGACUUCAUGGGCAUUCGCAACAUCAGCUUCAUGGUCAAGAGGAUACGGAUAAACACCACGAAUGAUGAGCGCGAUCGCUCCAACCCCUUCCGCUUCGCUAACAUCGGCGUGGAGAAGUUCCUGGAGCUGAACUCGGAGCAGAAUCAUGAUGAUUACUGUCUGGCGUAUGUCUUCACUGACCGGGACUUUGACGACGGUGUGCUGGGUCUGGCCUGGGUCGGGGCUCCAGCCGGGAGCUCUGGGGGAAUCUGUGAGAAGAACAAGCUGUAUUCUGACGGGAAGAAGAAGUCUCUGAACACUGGGAUCAUCACAGUGCAGAACUACGCCUCACAUGUGCCUCCCAAAGUCUCACACAUCACCUUCGCUCACGAGGUCGGACACAACUUCGGUUCCCCGCAUGACUCCGGGUCAGAGUGCACUCCGGGCGAGUCUAAGAGCCAGGAUAAGAAGGAGCGAGGGAACUACAUCAUGUACGCUCGAGCCACUUCUGGAGACAAGCUGAACAACAACAAGUUCUCCGUCUGCAGCGUCAAGAACAUCAGCCAGGUGCUGGAGAAGAAGCGCGGCACCUGUUUCGUGGAGUCCGGACAGCCCAUCUGUGGGAACGGUCUGGUGGAGCCGGGCGAGGAGUGUGACUGUGGCUACAGUGAUCAGUGUAAAGAUGACUGCUGCUACGAUGCUAAUCAGCCAGACAACAGGAAGUGCAAACUCAAGCCCAACAAAGUCUGCAGUCCGAGUCAGGGCCCCUGCUGCAGGGCCGAGUGCUCCUACAAGGGCCGGAACGAGAAGUGUCGUGAGGAGUCGGAGUGUGCUCAUCAGGGCAUGUGUAACGGUGCCUCGGCGCAGUGCCCCACCUCAGAGCCCAAAGCUAACUUCACCGCCUGCCACGGGGACACACAGGUCUGCCUGAACGGGGGCUGCUCCGGCUCCAUCUGUGAGAAAUACGGUCUGGAGGUCUGCACCUGCGCCAGUGUGGACGGCAAAGACGAGACCGAGCUCUGCCACGUGUGCUGCAUGGAGAGAAUGAACCCCAGCACCUGCAGCAGCACAGGCUCCGAGCGUCUCGCCCGCUUCUUCAAUAAGAGGGUCACCACUCUCCAGGCCGGCUCGCCCUGCAACGACUUCAAGGGCUACUGCGACGUCUUCAUGAAGUGCCGUCUGGUGGACGCUGAUGGUCCUCUGGCGCGCCUGAAGAAGGCCAUCUUCAACCCAGAGCUAUACGAGAACAUCGCAGAGUGGAUUGUGGCUCACUGGUGGGCAGUUCUUCUGAUGGGAAUCGCUCUCAUCAUGCUGAUGGCCGGAUUCAUUAAGAUCUGCAGUGUUCACACACCCAGCAGUAACCCCAAACUGCCUCCUCCUAAACCUCUGCCAGGUACUCUGAAGAGACGACGAGCUCAGCAGCAGCAGCAGCAGCACCAGCACCAGAACCAACACCAGCACCAGAACCAGCACCAGAACCAGCACCAGCACGCUCACCAGAACCAGCGGGCCGCUCCACGCCAGGCUCAGCGUCAGCGCCAGCCCCAGUCCCGGGAGAACUACCAGAUGGGCCAGAUGAGACGCUGAUGCCUCCAGUCCAUGACGCUUCCUCAGACUGCCCUCCUCUCCGUCCGAGCAUCAGUUCUGUUUUACCCUCCAGGGCCAAGGUUUACCGGGGUAUCUGUACAUAGUGUCUCCUGUCGUCCUUCAUGAACUCCUCUCAAGACGCCUGGUUUGAUAUCAAACAUCUUUUUAUGGAUUUGUGCCGAGCUUCAGCACAGAAAAGGACUUUUAUUUUGUAAGAGCAGAAACGUUACACCUUCCCUUUUCCGCAGAUGCGCGGCUGUAUAGAGAAACGAUAUUAGCUGUAUUAUAUGCGAGAACAGAUUAUCUCUUUUACUGUCAGUAAGAGAUCUACACUUGCUUUUUUGUUGAAAAUACUCAGGACUCAAACUCACUAAUGAAGGAGGCGGUUCAGCGUCAGUCCGCCGUUUACAUUCUUCAUUCUGUGUGCGUUCGUGUUUGUUUGUAUAUAGCUACACACUUCUGUGGCAAGCCAUUUCAACAUUUAAUCCUGAAAACUUCUUCUAACCCAUUCUUAAGGUACUAGCCUCUUUAUAAAAGUACUAAUUCUCAUAAGAUACUAAGAUGUGUUCAUUAGCUGCUAGUGCUUAUUAUUUGAGAAGGGUCUGGCUGCAGACUUGCACUCUCAGACUUCUGCUUCGGCUAGCGACGUCACUUGCAGUCUUUUUUAUAUUAAUUUUUUUUCUAUUUAUUUAUAACUUUUUGUUUGAAUCUUUCAAAAUGUUACAACAGUAGCCAGGUGGUGAAGACAAGAAAAAAGAAACAAAAUUACAAUGUCACUUGCAUUCGCUACUUGCACUCUCCGCUACCUGUGACGUCACUUGCAAUCGACACAAAUCGUGCAUGUUGCCAAUGGAGACAAGACGCUGUGGCCUACUACUAUAAUGUACAGGGUCCUGCAAGAAAAAGACAAGACCGGCAAAUCCGUGGCCACAGAACAGCAGAAUAUGAACGCAAUGCACAAAGUCUUUCGUUAAGCGUUUUCCUCCUGUAGAAAAAACAAUCUCUUAAUAUGGCAUAAUGUAUUAGGAUACAUUAAGUUCAAUUAAACGACCAAAUUCGAUAUAUAGUUAUUAUUUAAUGUACUACAAGGCAAGCAGAUGGCUAUGAACACAAUGCGAACACUUAAUGUGGCCUAAUAACAGACUAAGAUGAUAAAGACGAUUCAGCAGGCAUAGCCUAUAUGUCUUGUUGUUGACUCAACGUAUAUACAGACCAGCAAAUAUGAACGUGCAUUAUGAAAUGCAUUAAGUGAUUUUAAAAGGAUCGGCUCCGUACAGGCAGGCAGACGAGUACAGAACGCAGUGUGUUAAAUUGUACAUAACGUUUUCCUCCUAUAGAAAAUCAUUAUAAAUAAAACACAUAAUCUGGCAGUGAUAUAAACGAGUUGUAGACAGUUUAUUCUAUAUGGAAAAAUUCUUAACGCGAAACUUUGCGCGUUGUGUUUAAUCUUGUCUCCAUUGGCAACAUGCACGAUUUGUGUCGAUUGCAAGUGUUAAAGGUAGCAGAGAGUGCAAGUAGCGAUUGCAAGUGACAUUGUAAUUUAGUUUCUUUUUUUCUUGUCUUCGCCACCUGGCUACUGUUAUAAAAUGUUGGGAAAUUCAAACAAAAAGUUAAAAAAAAAAAAAAAUGCUAGCGGAAGUGCAAGUGUCUGAGAGUGCAAGUCUGACAGUGCAAGUCUGCAGCCAGACCCUCUUGUAUUAUUUAGGUACUAGUAACUUUUCAAAGGGGUCAUAUGAUGCUGCUAAAAAGAACAUUAUUGUGUGUAUUUGGUGUGAAAAGAAUCUGGUAUGAAAUGUUUGUGGUUUAAAAAAUGCGUAUCUUCUGAAAUGCUGUCUUUCUGAAAUGCAUUGAUUUUUUUACAAAGCUUGUCAUCCUGAAGAGCGAGGUGUGCUCUGAUUGGCCAGCUGUUCAGUGCGUUGCGAUUGGCUGAUUGCCUCAAGCGUGUGAUGGAAGUGUUACGCCCCUCACUGCUGUGUGUCCAGGAGCACAGAGACAAAACAUGAAAACCCAUUGCAAACGAGCCGUUUGUUGCAUCUAGUGGGGACAUAAUUACUGAUUAUAAUGACUUAUACUGUGUUUUUACGCAUUGCAUCAGGUCGUGUAAACCCAAAACCUUUUGUGAUGGGAGAAACGACAAACAACAAGCUCUACUCUACCCCAGCGGCUCUCAGCCCCAGUCCUCACGCCCCGAGCUAGGCAUAUUCUGCAUGUCUCUCUGUGAACACACCUGAUUCAUUUCAUCAGCUCGUUAGAAGUGAGCUCCGUUCAUCAACUGUGUUCUCAUUGACAUGCUCCCUACACAGUGUUCAUUGCUCCCUACUCCCUGAGCAGGGGAAUCUGUUGAAGUUUACCUCACUUCCGAACAUUCAUUCAUGGAUUUGCACUGCACAACGUCUUCACACAUGGACAAGUGUGACAUCACAUACCUCUAAAUAAAGACAAAUUAACUUCAUGUCUCACAUAGUUCAGUGCACUUUAAAUAGAACAUAUACGUUCACUUUGAACUGGAAUCAAGGGGGAAUAUCCUGUGACGUCCACUUCACAGGGCACUUAGAUCAGAUGUCAGAAGCGAUGAGAAACAUCCUAAUCUGCAGAGCAUGGGGCGCGAGGACUGGAAUCAAGAACCACUGAUCUAAACUUGAUCAUCAGUGUCAAAUCCUUUACUUCUUUAAAGGUACUUACAGGCUGAGAGUCAGAACAUUGUUGUCUUCUCUCUCAGGAUCAGGAAACAGUCCUCAUAAAAUGUGCUGCACACAUCUGAAUAUUAGGGUUGGACUGUUCUAGAACAGUGUUGUAAACACAACUGAACCACUGAUUUCUAGCUGUGUCCUCUUUUGAAAGACCAAACAAUGUAGCUUCGCUUUCUCAAAGAAAAACACUGAUUCUCCACGACGUGACGGCGGCAGACAGAAUCAGAGUUACACCACCUUUCAUAGCGUGAACAUUUGGGCAAAUCUUCCCACAAUGUGACGUAGACAUGGGGCGUGUUUAAGUGAGGCAGUUUAGGAGGCAUGGAUUAGUCUCUUUGGGUUAGAGACUUUAGUCUUUGCUACUUUAGGGAUCUUAUCUAUUCACGAACACUUCAAAGAGAAAGGAAAACUUAAAAUUGCAUCAUAUGACUCCUUUAAGGAUAAUAGUAGAUAUUUCAGUGGUGAUUAGUAACUAUUAUGUUUCUAGGAACAAAUUUCAGAUUGCCAGUUCUGUGGGGAUCUAUCAUUCAGAUAUUAGCUUCAUCUCUGAUUAGUAUGCAUUCGUAAUGUGACUAAUGUUUUUAAACGGGUACGAUUCAUUACGCAAAAAAAAAAUCUAAUGACGCCGCUGUCCACGAGUACUGUUCAAAACAAGCAACAGAAAAACAUGAAGAGUUCAACCAAUCAGAACAUUUUUUUUUUGUUUUGCCAUUAAAUAAUUUCUGUAUUUUAUUUCUCUCUUAGUAGCCUAUAGUUUAUAGUUCUGACAGAAAGUAAAGGCGGACAGAGACGCGGUGUUUAAUGUGUUUGAGAUCGGCUGUUUCCCUUAACGCAUAACUUGCGUUGCACAGGUAUAUUCCCCAUCUGUAAAUGUAAAAAAAAACAUGACAAUAUUUGUAUUUUCUGUCAGAAGUGCAUGAGUUUUUGCUUCAGCAGUUCUCCGCUAAUCUCCAGAGACUUCUUCAGAACGAGCGCUGAAAUAGGAGCACAAUAACUCUGACUAAACAUUUUGCUGAAAUAUUCGUAGAUGGACAAUUAAUGUGUAUUUGUGUGAUAGCUCUAACUGUAAAAUGUAAUGGCUUAAUCAAAAUAGCCUUUUUACUAAAUUAGUCUGUGCUUUUUAUUAUUUUCCUUUUUAGUUUAGUAACUUUAACUUCUGCUUUAAAAAUAUGUCUGUUUUGUUUUUAGAUUGCAUUGUUGCACUGUAAUGUGAUUUUAACAUAUUUGCCUACAUUACAUUCACUUUGUUUAAUCCAAAUACAACACACAGAGAUAUAGGCUGCCAUAUAGCGCAAAUCAGCCAAAAACAAAACAGAGAUAUUGAUUUUUGCUCGUAUCAUCCAGCCCUAUGCAGAAGUGUCCUGGAGUUUUAAUUAAAGUGUACCAGAGGGUUUUUUUCUUAAAUAGCAUAAAAAAAUAAAAUAAAUAAAUAGCAAAGAAUAACUAAACAAUUAUGGUAAGCAGAAAAAUAAAUAAACCCUAAAACAGCCCCCCCCCCCAGGUCUGUAAUUGUUACUAGUUACUGUUCUUACCUUAAUAGAAGACCAGUAAAAUGAACAAGGUACCUUUAGUCCGAAUGCUCACUGUAGAGCAUGAUUAAAUAUCUUACUAGUACAAUAAAAAAUCUUGCCAGUGGCAUUUGAAAUAUGUAUUAGUAACUAGGUACUACUAUCUAUUAAAGAGGUAAAGAUGUGCACUAGUGAAAGAGUGCUAGCAGUGUGUGUGUAGAUACUAGCAUGUUGUAGGGAUUCAAUGUUGAAGAGGCUUGCCAUACACUCACAUUCACCAACACUGAGGAACGUGUGCAUGAAGAGCAGCCCAGACCUGAGUUUAAUGUGUUUAACCGUACGAUCAUGAAGAAACCUGCACUCACUGAGCAUCCUGGGAAAGAGGAGGAUUCUCACGGUCACAUUAACACGUUUAGUUUACAGACUCUGACAGAAACGCACCUUCAUCAUCUUCUUCAUCAUCGUGGAGACGGACUGGUCUCUCGUGAACUCUGUACAGUAACUGGAGGAUUUCUGUUGGUUUUGAUACUGUUCUUUUGUUUCAGCGUUUGUGAGUCAGGGCCGACCGAGAGGAACAAACCGGCUCGGCGCUCUGGAUUAAAGAAGAUUUGCCUGUAUAUUACUUUUUUUUUAUUUUUACGUAGUCUUGGUGAAAUUUCAUAGAAGAAAAGUGCACUGAAAAAAUGUUGUAGGUGAAAAUAGGCCGAACAUUAAAAUUGAGAAAUGAAUGAAAAACCAGAACAAAAAAAGAAAACUGCUGUUGGUUAAUGUUCACUGUGUUUUAUACAGUACCUAAAUUUUUGUUCACUUUGAACAUUUUUACGUAACAUUUCAGAACGUAUUGUCUAAAGAGAUGUAAUUUUUUUGGAGUUCUUGAACUGCAUUAAUAAACAGACUGGGUUGAA